AUGAUGCAGGUCCUCUACAAAAGGCAGCUUCCUGCGCGUGCAGCUGUCCUGCUCCGAUCUCGCGUUGUGUCUUCUGGCGCCUCUCACCAGUCAAUACUAUUCAACAACCGAUCGAGCGCCACCACGACCUCUCAUUUCGGCGCGAUUCCCCAGCUGCGGCGGUGUUAUAGCCUAAAUCUCACCUCGAUUGACGCGAAUUGGCGCAAGAACUGGCAAAAUAUUGCCGCCAAUGAACCCACCCAGAAAGACCGUAUCCAGAGUUCGACUAAUACCAAAUAUGUUCUUCCCAUGUUCCCUUACCCCUCGGGGGCUCUACAUCUCGGUCACCUGCGAGUGUAUGCAAUUGCCGAUGUCGUCGCACGAUAUCAUGGUUUGCAAGGCUACGAUGUGCUGCUGCCCAUGGGCUGGGACGCCUUUGGUCUUCCAGCUGAAAACGCUGCCCUGGAGCGCGGCGUUCCCCCAGCCGGCUGGACCGAAAACAACAUUGCCAAAAUGAAGGAGCAACUCGGGGUCAUGAAUGGCAGCUGGGACUGGAGCAACGAGUUAGCUUCUUGCGACCCCGACUUUUACAAGCACACUCAGAAGCUCUUCCUUAUGCUCUACGAAAAGGGCCUUGCCUACCAAGCCGAAGCCGAAGUCAACUAUGACCCAGUUGAUAAAACAGUCUUGGCCAAUGAGCAAGUUGACGCCAAUGGUUUCUCUUGGCGCUCUGGUGCCAAGGUAGAAAAGAAGCUCCUCAAACAGUGGUUCCUUCGCAUCUCAGACUAUCGCGAGGAUCUUCUGCGUGGACUAGAUACGCUUGCCAAAGACGAUGCAUGGCCAGAGCAUGUCCUCGCACAGCAGCGCAACUGGCUCGGCAAAUCUACUGGAGCCCUCAUCAAGUUCCCAGUCAUGGCCAUGGGUCAUGACAUGGGCUCUGCUAUUGAGGUAUUCACCACACGCCCAGACACUCUCUUUGGUGUGCAAUACGUCGCCCUUGCGGCCUCUCACCCUGUAGUCCAGCAACUUGCUGGGGCAGAUCCUGAGCUGCGCGCGUUCCUGGAUACCCUCCCUGGCCUGCCAUCAGACUCCAAAGUGGGCUAUCUCUUGCCACAAUUUCGCGUCAUUAACCCUCUUGCAUAUCACGACGAUACCCCUGAUGCUACUAAGGCGUCUCUGCCAGUUUUUGUUGCGCCAUAUGUGCUUGGUGAUUACGGCGAGGGCGCAGUCAUGGGCGUUCCGGGUCAUGAUGUUCGAGAUCACACUUUUUGGAAGACGCACAACAGCGAACAGCCUGUCCGGUAUGUAAUCACAGAAUCGCCUGAUGAGUCUACAGCCGUCAUUCCGACCGAGCCUUACGUGGAGCACGGCUUCAUGACAGAGCAUAGCGGACUCUUCAAGGGCAAGCACUCCAAACACGCUGGUGAGAUUAUGGUCAACAUGCUGAAAGCGGCCGACCUGGCCAGCCCUGUGGAGAAAUGGCGUCUUCGUGACUGGUUGAUCAGUCGGCAGAGGUACUGGGGGCCACCCAUUCCCAUCAUUCAUUGCGACAGCUGUGGCAGCGUACCUGUACCAGAAGAAGCCCUCCCUGUGAAGCUUCCUGAUGUGGAACAGCACUGGCAGGCUGGCAAGGCCGGUAAUGCGCUGGAGACAUCCCCUGACUUUGUCAACACCGAAUGCCCCAAGUGCAAGGGACCUGCGCGUCGUGAUACAGACACCAUGGACACGUUUGUGGACUCGAGUUGGUAUUUUGCACGCUUCGCCGAUCCUCACAACAGCAAGGAGCUCUUCUCGCCCGAGUCGACCAAGGCCCUACCCGUUGAUGUUUAUAUCGGGGGCGUUGAGCACGCGAUUCUGCAUCUCCUAUAUUCGCGCUUCAUUUUCAAGUUUUUGGCUGGCACAUCGUUGAUGCCUCAAUACACUGAUGAGACUGCCGGUAGCGCAGAGCCGUUCAAGCGCUUGAUUACACAGGGCAUGGUUCAUGGCAAGACAUUUGUUGACCCAGCCAAUGGUAAAUUUCUGAAGCCAAACGAGAUUGAUCUGAGCGAUGCAACUGAGCCCAAAAUAGUAGCCACUGGCAGCCCCGCCGAGGUGCGCUACGAGAAGAUGUCGAAAUCCAAGCACAACGGCGUGGACCCGACCAAGUUCAUCGCCAAGUAUGGCGCCGACGCCACACGAGCGCAUAUGCUGUUCCAGGCUCCGGUAGCAGAUGAGCUCAAGUGGGAUGAUUCCAAAAUUUCGGGCGUUACGCGCUGGCUGCAGCGGCUGCACGACGCUGUGGUCAAAGUCGGAGCUGCUACUGCUGCGUCGACCGAGACUGCUUUGGACUAUCUGCAAGCCAAGCAGGCUAAAGUUGGCAACAUGAGCAAAGCGGAUGCGAAGCAGCUAAGUAAUGACAUUCUUCUCUGGCGUGAGACGCAGCGCAUCAUCGGCAACAUUACCCGCGCAUACGACCAGGUGUACGCGCUGAAUGUUAUUGUGUCGGACCUGAUGACGCUCACAAACGCGCUCGUCGGCGCCAAGGACGCCAGUGCCAUGAUCAAGUGGCAUGUGGCCGAUACCAUGACAAGACUCAUGGCGCCCGUCGUUCCAGCCGUCGCGGAAGAAUGCUGGAGCGUUCUUCAUCCUUCCGCUGGGUCGUUGUUUAAGUCGGCGAGCUUUCCCAAGAUGGACGGGUCGUUGGAAAUUCUGAAGCCCCAGUCUCAGACGAGUGUGAUUCAAGUGAACGGCAAGGUACGCGGCAACCUGGAGCUGCCGGCACCCGAAGGUGGUCUUGCCGGUGAUGCGCUCAAGGACUGGAUGGUGGAGCAGAUCCUGGCUACGGAGGAAGGACGAGCAAAAUUUGGUCGAGGCCAAUACGAUAUCAGCAAGGCAAAGCGGGCGAUUGCCGUCUCAAAUGGGGCGCUGAUUAACUUUGUCAUGUAA